AUGAUGUAUGAACUGAGGGAUGAUCGCCGCCGUGAGAUCGUGCGAAGUUCAUCACACAUCGACGCCGUUAAGAGGGACAUCAUGCGCACAAUGAGCAGUACCAGGAGCCGCGGUGUUUUCAACUAUCGAGUUCCACGUGCAUCAGUGGCUGAAGAAGAUUGCCCAUCCAGCACUGAUGAAGAUGAUGAGAGGUGCCCAGUAAUUUUUAAUUAUCGUAAUCUUUAUCCAGAUUUCGGGUAUCGAUCAGUAACUUUUAGGGAGGACUCCAUCUCACUCUUCACACCACCAGCCAAUUCAACCUUGCCAGAAAUCCUCCAGGACAAUCAGCCAUGCGAAACUGACCGAAAAGUACGUCGACGCCGGUGCUCGGAAGCUUGUGGUGGUAUUAAUGCUGCUGAAAGAGCGGAGCUGAUUCGUGGUGAACGACGAGCUUCUGAAAAGGCUCACUUAGCACUGCGUAAGACCGAUACAGCAUUCAGCUAUCCUAUCAACGGAAUCAUGAUGAGUCCGAAGAGCGUUUUGAAAUCUCCUGAGUCUCCAUUACGUGUUGCUUUAACACACGACAGUGCCGCCGCCUCCCUGGAAGCAAUCCAGAAUCUUCGUAACGAGCUAAAUUACAAGUUAGACCUGCUAAUAGGGAGUCUCUCCUCAAGACAAGAAGUGAAGACCAGUUCCGAUGUGAACAGCAAUCUCACGCCAUCACCAAAACGUAACAGUAAAGUGAAUUUCACCGACGAAUCCGAGAUCUCCUGA